GAAAAUCUCCCUACUGGUUCCCCUGCGAGAGCAGCUGUGCACAGGAUUAUUUUAUCCAACACCACAGUUAUGUCCCAACCAUCGCACAUGCAGGAUCUGGCGAAGCAGAUUUCUACUGCUACGUCGAUCUUGACCGGGUUUCUCUCAUCCAAUGGCAUUGUAGAACCAUCAUUCGACAAAGAUGCCCCUCUUGACAUGCCCGAUAUGCCGGAGGACAUUCAGAUCGCACGGCGGAAUCUGCGAGAAGCUGCACAAGAGCUGUACAUGUUGUCGACUGGCCCUAGCGAGCAUAUAAGAUGGCUCUCGUGCAAUUAUCACGACUGUUCUAGUCUUCGAUGGAUUUAUCAUUUCCGAAUCGCGGAAUUCGUGCCUUUGGAUGGCCAGAAGAAGUUCGCAGACGUUGCAAAGGACGCCGGUGUGGAUGAAGGCCGCCUCAAAAGAGUCCUGCGGCAAGCCAUGACGAACAGGAUAUUCUGCGAACCUCGUGUGGGCUUCGUGGCUCAUACGGCAGCGUCGAGCGCUCUCGUACGAGACAAGGGAACGCUGAAUUGGGUCGGCUAUACAUUGGGAGAGUCGUUCCCGGCGUCGGCCAAGGUGGUCGAAGCAACCGAGAAAUGGGGGCCCUCCGAAGAAAAGAAUCAUUGUGGUUGGAACAUUGCUUAUGACACUGACCUGCCGAUAUUCCAGUACCUAUCGAGUCACCCGGACCGUGCUGAGAGGUUCGCAGAAACCAUGAAGGCGCUGACGAGCACAGAUGGCUACAACAUUCGCCACUUGGUAGAAGGGUAUCCUUGGGGAGACUUGACCGACGGCACCGUGGUUGAUGUUGGCGGAAGUUUUGGUCAUAUGAGCAUCGGACUCGCAGAGAAAUUCCCCAAUCUCAAGUUCGUGGUACAAGAUCUUCCCGACAUCGUCGCGGCAGGUGAGCCAGCGCUUCCCACGGAUUUGAAGGACCGUAUCUCGUUUCAAGCACACGACUUCUUCACACCUCAGCCCGUCUAUGGCGCAGACGUGUACCUUCUUCGGUUCAUUCUGCAUGACUAUUCCGACACUCAUGCAACGCUUAUCCUCAAGAGCCUGCUUCCCGCGUUCAAAUCGACAUCAAAACUACUGGUGAUGGACGGGGUUUUGCCAGAGCCAGGAACCAUGGCCCCGAGCGAAGAGCGUCAAAUCCGAGUGAUGGACUUGGAAAUGAUGACAAGUUUCAAUGCAAAAGAGAGAGAGAUCGAUGAUUGGCGAAGUCUGUUCUCCAGGGCUGAUCCAAGACUGAAGAUAGUCAAAGUGACCAAACCUCCUGGAAGUGUCAAUUCAAUAAUCGAGGCUGUGCUUGAGGAGUCCCAAUGAGGUUCUCCUUGCCGGCCAACUAUAGACAGAAGAAGUGGCACAAUAUGACAUUGGUGAAUGCUUGUCUCGAAGAAAUAA